GCGCCCCCUCCUCACGCCCCGCCCCCGGCCCAGGAGGGGAGGUGCCCCAAAUCCACCCCUUGGACCCGGACGGGGAGAAGACCCAGCCAGUUGUGCGAGCUUCACCUGGAACCUCCGCGACUCGGAGAGCAGCCCCAGUUCCCUCAGGCCCAGGCUGCCUCUUCGAAGUGCGGCCUCCCAAGUCUCCCUUGGCGCCAGGAGGGAGCAAACAGAGCCACGAACCCCCUGAACAAGGAGCUGAACUGGACCAGCAUCAACGGCUUCUGCGAACAGCUCAACGAGGACUUUGAGGGGCCUCCACUUGCUACCCGGCUGCUGGCCCACAAGAUCCAAUCCCCACAGGAGUGGGAGGCAAUCCAGGCCCUGACGGUGCUGGAAACAUGCAUGAAGAGCUGCGGCAAGAGGUUCCAUGAUGAGGUUGGCAAAUUCCGCUUCCUGAACGAGCUCAUCAAGGUUGUGUCCCCCAAGUACCUGGGCUCCCGGACGUCAGAGAAGGUAAAGAACAAGAUCUUAGAGCUGCUCUACAGCUGGACGGUUGGCCUGCCUGAGGAGGUGAAGAUUGCAGAGGCCUACCAGAUGCUGAAGAAGCAGGGCAUCGUGAAGUCCGACCCUAGGCUUCCAGAGGAUGCCAUCUUUCCCCAGCCCGCUCCAAGACCCAAGAAUGUGAUUUUUGAAGAUGAAGAGAAGUCCAAGAUGCUGGCGCGCCUGCUGAAGAGCUCCCAUCCCGAGGACCUCCGUGCAGCCAACAAGCUCAUCAAGGAGAUGGUGCAGGAGGACCAGAAGCGGAUGGAGAAGAUCUCGAAGCGGGUGAAUGCCAUCGAGGAGGUGAACAAUAAUGUGAAGCUGCUGACGGAGAUGGUGAUGAGCCACAGCCAGGGCAGUGCGGCGGCCAGCAGCAGCGAGGACCUCAUGAAGGAACUGUACCAGCGCUGUGAGCGGAUGCGGCCCACGCUGUUCCGACUGGCCAGUGACACAGAAGACAAUGAUGAGGCCUUAGCGGAGAUCCUGCAGGCCAAUGACAACCUUACCCAGGUGAUCAACCUGUACAAGCAGCUGGUACGGGGUGAGGAGGUCAACGGCGACACCGCAGCUGGCUCCAUCCCAGGGAGCACCUCGGCCCUACUGGACCUCUCGGGCCUGGACCUCCCUCCCGCUGGUACCACCUACCCGGCCGUGCCCAGCCGCCCUGACGACCAAGCCAGUCCCAAGCAGCCCAGCGCCUCAGUUUCCCUGCUUGAUGAUGAGCUCAUGUCUCUGGGCCUGAGUGACCCCACACCCGCUGCAGGUCCCAGUUUGGAUGGGGCCGGAUGGAACAGCUUCCAGUCCUCGGAUGGAGCUGAGCCCCCAGGCCCCACUCCGGCCCAGGCCCCCAGCACCGAUAGCCGGCCCAUGGCACAGAGCAGCGGCCUGGACGACCUGGAUCUCCUGGGGAAGACCCUCCUGCAGCAGUCGUUGCCCCCUGAGGCCCAGCAAGUGCGGUGGGAGAAGCAGCAGCCAGCCCCCCGGCUCACACUCCGAGACCUGCAGAACAAGAGCACCUGCAGCUUACCCAGCUCGGGUCCUGCCAGCCUCCUCCAUGCCGGGUCCCCAGAGCCUCCAGGGCCCCUGCAGCAGCCUGCGCCCACCGAGCUCUCCCUGGCCAACGUCACUGUGCCCCUGGAGUCCAUCAAACCCAGCAGCGUCUUGCCUGUGACUGUGUAUGACCAGCACGGCUUCCGCGUCCUCUUCCACUUCGCCCGAGACCCACUGCCUGGACGCUCGGAUGUGCUGGUGGUGGUGGUUUCCAUGCUGAGCACUGCCCCGCAGCCCAUCCGCCACAUCGUUUUCCAGUCAGCUGUCCCCAAGGUCAUGAAGGUGAAGCUCCAGCCACCGUCAGGCACAGAGCUGCCUGCAUUCAACCCCAUCGUCCACCCCUCAGCCAUCACCCAGGUCCUGCUCCUUGCCAACCCCCAGAAGGAGAAGGUUCGCCUCCGCUACAAGCUCACCUUCACCAUGGGCGACCAGACGUACAACGAGAUGGGGGAUGUGGACCAGUUUCCCCCACCCGAAACCUGGGGGAGCCUUUAGUACAAAGGAGCUGGGGAGAGGAGGGGAUAGAGGGACUGGUCACUGUCCAGCCUAGGCGGAGGCUGUGGUGGUCUAGGACACUCUCUGUUCCCCAUGGCCAUGCACCCCCGGCCUGGUGCUUCUCCCCUCACUGCUGGGGCUGCCAAGUGACUUCUCCCUCCCAAGCUCCACUCCCCUGCCGAGCCAAACCCAGCAGGAGGCUGGGCCUGGGUUCACACUGCUGGGAGCCAGAAGCAGGGGGGCUGCAGGGCUGGGAAGAACUUGGGGUUGAGGGGAGGACACGUGGCCGGCAGGCCUCACCCCACCCCUGGCCUGGGGUGGGUCUUCCCCACCUGUCUUAUGCCUUAUGGGAAGGCCCAGCCAUAGGCCGAGCUGGGGCUGGGGACCAGCCGGCCUCCUGUACAGGAACCCAGUACUGUGGGGGUACUACCUGUGCCCCCAGCUCUUUGCACUCUGGUAUGUGGUUUUGGCUCUCUGCUUUUCUUUCAGAGUGGCCCUGGGGCCGCAGUCUUGGGGCCAUGUUGGGGAGCUCCGUGCAGCCCCUCCUCUUGGGGGCCUCCCUUUGCUGUCAGCCUAAGGGUGGUGCCAGAAGCAGGUGGCCUCCGAGGGGCUGCGGAGCUCCUGGGGUUCUCAGUGUGUCUCCUCCGGUCAUCGGCCCUCCCAGGGCCUCAUAUGGGCAUCAUCUCACAUCUGUCUGUCGGUGGUCAGAAGUGGGGUCGGUGUGUGAGAGCAGGAGUAUUUAUGAAAAUAAAACAUCCUUUUUC